AUGUGUUAUGCUGGUGGUAGGGGAGCAUGUGUUGAUGGUGGUGGCACAUACUGUGGUAGUGCUGCUUGGCUUAGUGCUGGUGGUAGGGGAGCAUGUGUUGAUGGUGGUGGCACAUACUGUGGUAGUGCUGCUUGGCUUAGUGCUGGUGGUAGGGGAGCAUGUGUUGAUGGUGGUGGCGCAUACUGUGGUAGUGCUGCUUGGCUUAGUGCUGGUGGUAGGGGAGCAUGUGUUGAUGGUGGUGGCACAUACUGUGGUAGUGCUGCUUGGCUUAGUGCUGGUGGUAGGGGAGCAUGUGUUGAUGGUGGUGGCACAUACUGUGGUAGUGCUGCUUGGCUUAGUGCUGGUGGUAGGGGAGCAUGUGUUGAUGGUGGUGGCACAUACUGUGGUAGUGCUGCUUGGCUUAGUGCUGGUGGUAGGGGAGCAUGUGGUGGUGGUAGUGCAUGCUGUAGUGGUUGUGGCACAUCUUCAUGUGGUGUUGGUGGCACACUAUGUGGAGGUUUGGGAGGCACCUUUUACAGAUCAGAAUAUGGAGGUGGUGUAGGCCCUCUCGGAGAUGAUGGUGAUGUAUUUUCGUUCCUCUUGGAGAUGGUGUCGUCUUUUUGUUCAGACAUCUGCAAAAAACUCUUGCCACCGUAUUAA